UCCAGGACAGACGUCCCCGCCCCCUGCGCUGAUCCCAUUGGUGGAGCUGGGUGCCAAAGCCGCAGGGCCCUGCUCGAUGGGCUCCAGUGAUUGGUUGGUCGGCUGUGUGCGCAGGCAGAGCAGCCUGUCUGUUUGAAUGUGCUGGAGACCGAAGGGGUUCAUUUCCAUGGACCAUCUGUCUCGCUGGCUGCCCACACAACAAAGAAGGACCCAGGAUGGUGUUAGUGCACGUUGGAUAUCUGGUUCUCCCCGUCUUCGGCUCAGUUAGAAAUAGAGUAUCGAGGCUGGCUCUACAUUCCGCAUUUCUCAGACCUUUGUCCCCCUCCAUUGUGUAGCUAACGAUCAUCUGCUGCUGUCUGCCGUAGCCUCUGCCUGUUCUCUGCAUCUAGCUGUAUUGUGAACCCCUUCUUCCUCAUUUCCUCUUUCCAUCUGAAGACGACAUUGGCAUUAAAACCGAGUUCCCACUCAUACCGUAUCCUUCUGUGUAACAGACUAAAGAAUAACACUUUCUAUAGAUAACAGUGUCUUAAUUUAAACUGUCUUGUUGCUCUUUAGUGAAUAACCCAUUGUAGCAUUAGACUUUACUACAGACUGUCAUUGUGAUUCUCCCAUUCAGUGUGGAUAGGCUACAUUCUGCUGUAAAUUUCUGUAAAGUGGAUACAUUUUGAUCCUCCCCGUUUCGAUUACAGCCAAGCUUGAUCGAACUCUGAAUAUCGUCUCCAUCCCCUAUUUGCAAAGGUGCAUUGUACCAGCUUCUCAUCAAUAAAGCGCUUGUAUGAUCACCUUCUCUGUAUCGUUUAGGCCGGUCCUGUUAUCCUAACAUUCACCAAUUGGCCAAUCCCUGCCAUACUCAAAUCACAGUAAUCUGUGCGAUGUUAUUUUCACCUUUGACGGUCCCCUGCACCUGUUACAGCCGCGUUCAAACCACUGGUCAUAAUCCUGGCUAUGUGUGAAAUCCUUUGUUCUUGCUAGCUGAAUUGAUACAGUUAAUCAUAAUAAAUUGGCAAGGCUCAGGUCCAAUUCAUCUUGCUAUUUAAAAAUCCCCCUUUUUGGAACCACAAUCAUGAUGCGCCGCCCCCUCUCAGGCCUUUCCUCAGACACCUCCAGAAUGCUAUCCAUUUUACAGGGAUGUGAAUAUCCUGCACUGCUGUAGAACUCCUUUUAGAAUCAAAAUGUCUUUUAUUCUUUGGUUGUGGUUUUUCUACCUUAUGUUUUUGUAUUAGAUCCUAAUGCAUGAUCAUUUUACACUUUUGUUUUUCCACAUUGAAAGCAGAUUCCAAUGUAAUUUUUGUGUAGAGAUGUCCCUGCUGUACUGAAAUGUGCUGAAAGCAUACACAUCUACUCAUUGGAUGCUGCUUCUGUUCUGUUAACCCUACAGAGAGCAUGGUCGGGCCUUGCCUUUGGUCUUUAUUUGCAUGGUAUUAUUAUGAUUAUAUAGGAUAUAUUACUUUUAUUAUUACUAUUAUCACACAGUGCCACACAUACUAAUAUUUUCCAAUAAAGACUGUAGUUUUCUUCCUAACCUUCAGUGUGCUUUUUGCUGAUUUCCAUGUGUUCCUCCCCUCCUCACUUCACACUGUGCUGUCACUGAGAUGGUCCCCUCACUCUGUAUGUGCUCUCAUUUAUCCGCUGUCUUUGACAGAGUUUCUUCAAGUUGCUGCUCUGCUUAACUUUGGAGUAGGGGCAACCAAAUUUUCUAUCCAUCCCAAAAAAAGCAUGUUUAUAGUGAAACACAUGGCAUUGAUAUUACAUGUCACACGCUGUCAUCCCCUUCUAAUCCAUACACUGCUGUUUAUGAAACAAGGCAGCCUUCCCUCACAUCCACUCAUUGGUGUUCAUUGGUGUUAACAUUGAAACCACUUUGGGCAACAUGACUAAAAUCCUUUAUCAAGGAGCACACUUCACCAGGCAUCACAACAGCCAUGCUACCUCCUGCCGACACUUUCACCUGGGCACUCCCCAGGUGCCCAUCUCAGCCGAAUUCCCUCUAGGACACGCCAGCCAGCCCCCACAAACAGGCCUGGCUCCCCCCCUGCCUCCAGCACACCACCCACCCCUCACUACCCUGCCUGCACCCCCCCAGUUCCAGGAUGUGCCAGGGCCUCCGUUCCUACCUCAGGCCUUACACCAGCAAUACCUCAUCCAGCAGCAGCUUCUUGAAGCGCAGCACCGCAGGAUCCUCCCACACUCCAGAAGAACCCAGGAGCGUAUUCCCCUAAACCCUCACCGGCUGCGUUCAGGAUAUGAGUACCCGCCUGGCCUCCAUGUUCCCCAGCCAGUGACACAGCAGCCGCGGUACCUGGCUGAAGGCACAGACUGGGAUCUCAGUGUAGAUGCCGGACUCCCGCACCACCAGUACCAGCUCCAGCAGCUUCCACAGCACUAUCAGCAUUACCUGGCCUCUCCUCGAAUGCACCACUUCCCCAGGAACACAUCCUCUACACAAGUGGUUGUGCAUGAAAUCAGAAACUACCCAUACCCCCAGUUGCACCUGUUGGCACUGCAGAGUUUGAAUCCUUCAAGGCAUGCCACAGCUGUUCGAGAAAGUUACGAGGAGCUAUUGCAGCUGGAGGACCGGCUGGGGAGUGUCAACAGAGGAGCUGUUCAGACAACCAUAGAGAGAUUUACCUUUCCACAUAAAUACAAGAAGAGAAAGCCCCUGCAGCUGAAGAUUGGUGAGGAGGAGGAAACAGAUGUGGAUGAAAAAUGUACCAUCUGUUUGUCCAUGUUGGAGGACGGAGAGGACGUCAGGAGAUUGCCCUGCAUGCACCUCUUCCACCAGGGCUGUGUGGACCAGUGGCUGGCCACCAGCAGGAAGUGUCCAAUAUGUCGAGUUGACAUCGAAACACAGCUGAAUCCUGACAGCUGAUGAGAUUAAACCCCCCAGGCCCCCUUCUGUCAAUCACCUUCAUUUGGAUCCUGCUUUCUUCCACCCCGGCUUGCCGGACCUCCCCCUCCCCCGUUGGGUGCUUUGCCAAAUGUCUCCAGACUUCAUGUGACAUCACCACUCUUCUGACUCACGCGUUACUGAGCCAAGCCAGGAUAACUAACUGCACAAGAGGCCACAAAGAACUCUCUUUAUAUAGAAGCACAUCCCUUUGGAAGCAAAAGACACACAAACACACACAUACUCAUGUACACAGGGUUUACUUGUAGCUUGCUGGUCAUAAGUGGGGUGUUGUUGCUGUUGUGGUGUUAUACUGUAGGUAGCCCUGGGCUGUGUAGCAUGUCCUUAAAGCCAUGACUUAACGUCCUGAGAGUGGAAAACACAUAACCCACACUGAGCUGGAUACUUCCUCUCUAUUUUCUCUCUCUAUUUCUAUAUAUAUAUAUAAAAAUAUAUAUACAUAUAUAUUUCUCUCUUUUCAAACACGUCAGUCAAAAUGAAUAUUCUGCUACACAAGAAAGCUUAACAGAAACUAAAUGCUCUGAUGUUUACCGAAAGGUCAUUUGUGGUCAUAGUAGAGUAGCAGUAACCAUCAAGUGAUACUGUAUCUGGUGCACUGUCGCCUUCUUGGGGGCAAGUGCCAGCUAGCUGAGUGUUUUAAUUCUAUCAUGCAGCUUUUACAUUUUUGCAAUACAGCUGUAUUUUUACCUUGGAUUGGUGUCAUGUCAGUAGGCCUCCUUUACCGCCGUGAAAACCAAGCUCAGUGAUCAAGUUGUUGUGUGUUUAAAAGUUUAAAAUAGGUAGAAAGUGUUUUACCAAAAUGCAUUUUGUCAUGGUGUAGCUCGAACCUGUAGUGCAGGUUCACGUGUGUGUGUGUGUGCUCUGCCCUGGUGAGUGUGACUUAAAGAAUGUGUCUAACAAGUGUGUGUGACAUUUAAAAGUGCAAAUGUGUGUAUUUCAAGGGUCUGAAGCAACACCUAGACUCACUAGAGAUUAACAGCAUGGCCACUGGAGUGCUUGUAUAAUACCAAGCCAAAAAGGGAUUUAAAAAAGAAAACUGCAGUAUCACGCACUGCAAAGCAAGGUGGGAGGAAGAUUUAGCUGCCCUUGUACCUGCAUCUUCAGCUGGUGCACGGCCAGUGGCAGAACAGUGUGUGCUAAAAAUGCAUGUUUCAUCGUCGACUUGAGCUGUUAGCUUUGGUAGUGUUACUUCAGUUUAAAAAGGUACAGAGAUGGCUGUGCAUGACUUAGUUAAUCUGAGCUGUGACUAUCUUCUCUACACUAACAAACAAGAAGAAAAUGAGUGGCUGUUCCCCUAACUCGUAGCGUGUGUUCUCCUUGCCCCUUCGGUGGAAAUGAUGGGAUCCUCUUUUACCUUAUUGCCUAAAGAACAAGCACAUGUGACAAUAGUUAUAGCAGCAAAGGUUUUUCCCUCGGUAUUGAAUUUGCAUCGGUUUAUAAUUAGGUUUAGAUUCAUGCAGUGUUUCAGCAGAGAGAGGAGCUUUCGUAUUGAUCUUGUGUAUUUGUGUGACAGACCUCCCCUUGUGGUUGCUAUGCUGGUUGCUAUGCUGUAUUGCUAGAACAUGUAGAACAUGGCCCGACGGAGGCAGCCUCCCUCUCACAGUGCACAGACAUGAGGCGACACGACAGCAGGAAAACAUUCAGGCUGCUAAAACAAGUCUUGGUCUCACCAGUUUUCAGUUCUUUUUUUUUUUUACCCUUUGUGUCAGCUUGUCAUCUCAGUUCCACAGGACCCUCGCUGUCCUAUGCACUGCGACAGUAAAGGAUAAGACUUGGUCCAGAGAUCCUUUGAGCCUUGUGGGCCUAGGAUCAUUUAACAAGGCCUACAUCUCCCUGUCUUGUGCACUGCCAGUGUUGACACUGCCUCCUCCUGUAGUGGAGUCAUCCGUGAUGAAGUUUUCAUAGUUUACACAGGGUGUUGUCAGUUGAGAUGCCUUAAGUAUUUAACAAUCAUAAUUUAUUACUAACUGUAGAUAUUGUGGGUAUCUAUUUAAUUUUCUAUAGUUUUUUUGGGGGGGGGGGCAGGGGGGACUGAAUCAUAAUUUAUUUAUUUAGAAAUAACACAAAAAUGCUAUGAAAAAACUAUUACCUCAUUUUUGCAUUGUUUUCAGUGGGAAUGCUUUGCAUGCAGUUGUACUUUUUAAAACACUAAAGUUAAAGAAAAAAAAAAGCCCUGCUGUUUGAUCUCCACAGGCUGGCUGUGCGAUGUUUACUGUCUAAGGCUGAGCUACUGAGCCCGCUUUCCAUCUCUCUU